UCAUUUUCCGGGCGUUCCUCGCACAUGCGUUUUAGUAUUCCAGUCCAUACGUGCUUCAGUUAAAAUAGAAAUCGAUUACACUUCUAUUUUAGUGAAUUAGGUCGAGUUUAUCAUUAUACUGCACAUGGAUACGCCUUAACGGCUUGAAGAUAAAGUCAUAAAUGGCAAAUAUAAUUAUAUUACUACUAACAACGUGGGUGGUUGUGUCUGCUCAUGUUCAUAAUGCAGUUGAAACGGAAAUGUUUGCCAUACCAAUCAGCCCGAAUCUAUUCAACUGGACCUAUCAAGAAUUCGACCAGCAAUAUCGGUUCCACGCGUCGAUGCAGGGCAAGCCGGAGCUGCCGUCAUGGCUCCGUUACAUUUACAGCGGGAGACACCAUUCGGGCUUCAUUUUCGGCACACCUCCCCGUGGGACCAAACAACCGAUUACACUAGAAGUGAUUGGAUUGAAUCGACAAGAUUUCGAAACACGAAGAGUUCUCCUGACGCUGAGAGUGCAGCCGAAACAGAAUAUGGCUCGACACGAGGUGGAACUCAAGAUUGACAACCUUAAUGUUGAAGAUCUGUUGGAUGAGCACAGAAUGACGCGCCUCAAAGACAUCCUGAGAACUAAACUAUGGACGGAGAGUAGUCAGGAUUUAUACGCUACUUUCUUGGCUUCAGCUAUUGAUUUGGGAGCGAGACUACCGUUAAAGCCUAGUGAUGGGGAAGGGCUAGUGGUACGUCUAGGGAGUUCGACGCCAUUCUCUUCAGAGCUCAUGAGGUUGCGAGAGGAGGUGCGUCCUCUGUCUCGGCUGCCGAGCUGUCCUCGCGAAUACAAACGCACCACGGUGGAGAGGUUGUUCAGAGACGCUGGUUUGACUCUCGACUGGUGCAGUUUCGAAUUGUACAACACGAUAUACAAAGAACGUUCAACACAACAUCUGGAGUACCUGACAGAAAUACCGAACACAAGCAAGAAGUCUAAACCUAAAGUGUUGGACACGCGGGAGUUGUGGAACGCGCCGAGUCGACACUCCCUUCCCACGAGGAGUUACGCGCGACAACUCACUGCUGCUGUGGCGGCGCCCUUAGUGCUGUUGCUACUGUCUGUCGCCGCCCUUACAGCUGUAGUAUGCUUCCAUUACGCUGCCAUAACACAUCGGUCUAGUAAAGUGGAGCUGUGCCGUUACGGCACUGGAAACACUGAGCAGACCCAAGUAGCCGACAACACUAGCACUAAGAGCCUCGGCGUCAGCCCGAACAACAGCCUGGCACGUCCAUACAGCCCGAAAUCAACUACGAACUUGGCAAGUAACUACAACCGUCCCCAGCCUCCCCCUUACAUGGGAUCCGCCACUAACUCGCUGCAUCACCGCAAAUCAACCAACACAGAGAAAACCACCCCAUCAACAAGCGGACACACUCCCGAACAUUCUAGAACAUUGGCUCUGGAAGAGUCGUUAAAACUUUUGAACGAAGCGAACAUCAAUUCGGAAUUUGAUUUGAGCAUUCCAAUUUUAAAAGAUCCAAUCGUCGACUUGAGUGAUGGGACUGAUGAUUACGUGCCAAUCAAAUCUGAUCCUACAGGAUAUGUGCCAAUGAAUGCAGAUUUGGAUGACAUCGACGUUCCAGAUUUGACCAAAUUCGGUAUUGGUGGUAUUACUGGGCCUAUUUGACAUAAGGUUUCAGGCGACGGCAAGGCCCCUGUCAAGACUUGGUUCUGCUAAAAAAUGUGUGGGGUUAAUGCGAACCGCAUUUUGAAAACCUUUACUGCCAUUCGUUUGGAUUUUAGGCACAAUAAAGUACUAACAGAUUGGAGGUAUUAGUAAAAAUGACUUAAACUGCUAUUUGAUAUGACUGUAAAUCGUUCACAACAAAUCAUUUAACCGAAGCCAUGUUAGCUAUACGAAUAGAAGUCAUUAACGACUUCUUCUUCGUUUGCCACAAGGAACUGUUUUGGAAAGAAAUUGUAGUUAUAGAAUCUCGUCUAAGUUUUGAUUUAGCGUACAGGGAGAUUAUGUUUUAAAAUUUUAGUAGUCAACGCUUGUAUUUUUACUCUCUUUUAAUAUACAAGUAGGUAUAUAAAAUAAUAUUGCACAUAGUGAAGAUAUAUAGGUAGAUAGUUAAAAUAUAGGAAGAUAUAUUGUUGCAAUUUGUAAUAAAUUUUUGUAAUGAGAUUCCGUCGUUUUCUUCUAGAUGAUUUUUUCAAAGUUACUAACAAAUAAAAAAUGGUUCAAUUUAAAUAUAUUAGGGAAAUUGCCCUUCCACACAAUUAAUACAUUUGUAGAGAAAUGAAAUAAUGUACCUAGUUUAAUAUUAUCUCUUAUCAAAUAAAGUGAAUAUUAAAAA